UUGUAGAUUAUCCGGAAUUUUGCACAAUUUUCUACCAGCCUGCGACGUGCUGACCAACGCGCAGCGCAACUCUGGCAUGGCCCACCCUCCGACGCCGCCGUCGAAGGCCAUCGGUGGCAGCAGAGAUGGCGCGCUUGGAUCGACCAACUCUGGCAGUUUGUCGACGUCAGAUCCGGAGGUGUUGCAUGGGGACGACGUGUCACCCUUGGAAGUAUACAACUUCGACGUCACCAAGUACAAGGAUGGAUCGUUCAAGCUCGUGACGGCUGUGGACCCGCUCGUGUAUCUGAGCGGGCGCUUUCUUCGACACGACGAGCACGCAGCUCGCAAGACAAAGGUGAACUCGGUGCAGUUUGACUGGCCUCACUGCGGUUUCUCCAUUCGUGUCAAGCACACACGAAGCGUGGGCAUUCGGCUGAAGGGCGAAGGCAACUACUUCAACGUGUUUGUCGACGGCGUAUUCAAAUGCAUCUUGCGCGCGUCGUUGAAAGCGAGUUGCUGCGACGUCGCCACGUUCGGCGACGACGCGUUCGACUCGGACGACGAGCACACGGUGACCGUGAGCAAGCGCACCGAGCCCCAGAUGCGCGGCGCCGUCUCUACGUUCAAGGUGUGCACGUUCUACGGGUUCGUUGUCGAGAAGGCGGCGGUCGUGCUGCCGUUUGAUCCGGGGUUUCGUCAUCGCAUCGAGUUUAUCGGGGACUCGGACACGUGUGGCUUUGGCAACGAGGGAGUCACGUCGUCGUCGAAGGGCAUCUUUGGAAUGAAAGGGCGCAUGGAGAACGUGUACAACGGAUACGCGUGCAUCACGGCGCGGAUGUUUCAUGCAGAAUCGCACAUCUUGGCCUGGAGCGGCAAGGGCGUCAAAAGCAAUCUGGGUGACUGGGGGCCAAACAUGAGCUCGAUGUGGAAGAAGACAAUUGCGUCCCGAGAGUUUGCAUGGGACCUCGACUCCUGGCAGCCUCAUGCGGUCGUGAUUAACUUGGGCACGCAGGAUCUGUUCCCGCCGGCGUCAUCGGAGGCCGAGAUCGUCGAAGCGUACACGGCGCUGCUCGAAGACGUCCGUCAUCAUCGACCGGAAGCGCACAUUUUCUGCGUUGUGUGCGACGAGAACUGCAUGAGCGGCGAAGACGACGACGUGAACCGGAGCCGCAUCUCGCUGCAGCUGCAGGAGAUUACCAAAGUCGCCAUGUCGCGCGUAAAAAAGAUGGAUCUCCGCAUGCAUUAUGCAUUCAUCAAGAUUCCUGGCGGCCUUGCGCCAUCGGACUUUGCCAACAUGAAGCACUACGCCGUGAGCGGCCACGUCAAGUUUGCACAAGCAUUGGCAAAAGAGAUUGCGUUUCGCACCGAGUGGGACGUCACGGACGACCCCGUCACGAUUCCAUAUCCCCAACCCAAGCAUCAAAUUCUCGUCCCAUCCGACAAACAGUGCUCAAUAUCGUAAUUAACUUGCCUUCAUCAGGUAUUUCUUUACCCGAUGCUGUCUUGACCAGCA